CUAUGGAAUAGUCUGAUAUUAACACGGGAGAUCAAAAUAAUGAUAAUUCAUCUUCAGAAGAAAUAGAUUUGGAAUUACAAGAUGAUGAAGUAAAAUAAAUGGUAAUAAAGUAUAGACAUAGGUCAAUUAGGAAUGCCCUUAGGAACAAUAAGUCUUGAGUCACUUAUUAGAAAUAGGAGAAUACAUUGAUUAUUUAGAUUCAAAUACAAAUAAAUGGGCAACAAUGAAAAUUGUGGAUAUUUAAAACUCAAAUAUAAGACUAUAAUCUCCUUAUUCCUCUAAUACUUUCUGGAUAUAAUUUUCAUAUGAAAUAAUUCGUAAAUAAUGGAUUCCUGGUGUCCCAUUAUAGAAUACAAGAGUUGAAGUUUAUAAUUCUAAUAAAGGAUGGUUGAUAGGUAUAGUAGUACAGCUCGAAAAGGAUUAAGCUCUAAUACAUCAUUAGGGAUACAAGAGAAUUUACGAUUAGAAUUAUUUAGUCAAGGACAUAUAUCCUCUUGGUUAGAACUCUAAUGAACCUGGAAUAGGGAAAUUAUUAAAAUAAUAACCAUAAUCAAUUCUAAGAUUAUAGCAUCGAUUCAAUCUAUAUUUACAAUUGUAAAAUCUAAUAACAAUGCGUAAAAAAUAUAAGGAAAUGGAGACAUCCUUACAAUCUAUUUUGAGUGAAUAGGGAAUGUUAAUUAGAGAGGUUUCAGGGGAUGGCAAUUGUAUGUUUAGAGCUAUAAGUGAUCAACUAUAUGGAAAUGAAAUCUAUCAUAAGGAAUUACGUAAAUUUGCAAUGCAAUACAUACUAUAAGAAAAGGACUAUUUCUAAGAUUAUAUAAUAAAUGGAAAUGUUGAAGAAUAUGUAGAAUAUAAAUCAAAAGAUGGAGUAUGGGGAGACAAUAUAGAAUUACAAGCUUUUAGAGAGCUUUAUGAUAUUCCAAUUGAAAUUUAUGUGUGCAGCAAAGAACCAUUAAAAACUGGAUUAGAAGCUAAUCCAUAUAAUAAAGAGUAAUUAUAUUUUAAUUAUUUUUUAUUAGACCAAUUAGAUUGUCAUAUCAUGGAAGAUCUCAUUAUAAUUCAAUAAAAUUAAAAGAUAAAUAGCAUUCAGCUUUAUUAGGGAGCUUAGAAAUUAGUUAAUAUGAAAAGCAAAUGUUCGAGAAAUUAUAAGAACAGAAAAACAAAUAAAGUGUAAAUAAUAAUAAUAGACAUGGAUAAUAAUUAUCAAGAGCUUAAUUUGAAAAUUGCAUUAGCAAUGAAUUAGAUAUAAUUUUUAAUGAAUCUAAAAGACUAUUCUAAGAUCAAUAACUAAAAAAGUAUUUUUAUUUAAUUUUAUAUAGUGAAUAAACUGCUAUAAAGGAAUCUUUGCAAUAAUUAGAAUAUGAAGAAGAAGAGGAAUAACUUAUGGAUAUGGUAAUUAAGGAAAGUGUUUAAGAUGCUUAAUUUAAUCAAUAAUUUCCUAUUCAAUAAUAGUAAAAGUAAACUUAAUAAUUAUAACAAUAAUAAUUGUAAUAAUAAUAAUAAUAAUAACAAUAGUAAUAAUAAUAAUAACAAUAAUAACAAUAAUAACAACCAAAUUUGGAAAGUGAAAUAUUGAGAAAAAUAAUGGAAUAAAGCAAAUAAGAGUAAGAAUAAUAAUUUAUGUAAUAAUUUGAAGAUACAUAAUUUUAAAAUGCUUUGAAAGAAAGUGAAAAAACUAUUUAUGAAGAUCCCAUGAAUAAUCCAAUUAUUGCUUAAGUUAUGGAUAUGGGAUUCUUUACACUUGAAUAAGUAGUUGAAGCAUAUGCAAUUCAUAGAGAUGACCCAGAUAUGAUCAUUAAUUAUCUUUAUGAAAAUUUCUAAUGA